AUGUACAAAAACCGGGAUCCAUCUACACUGUGGUGGAUGGUCUCGGCGCAUAAUCUGCUCUCACAAAAGCGGGUGGUGCGAACAUGGCUGUCGCGGCGAACACGCGCGGCGUUUCAGCAGGCGUUGAGAGACUACGGCUUCGAUUCCCAGGGAAAGAGGCUUGCACCUCCAUUUAUUAGGAAGCCGGGCAGCAGGGGAUGUGUUAAUGAUCUGACCGGUACCGUCGAGAUCACACUCAAUCCGCGUAUGCACGGAGGCGAUUUGUCUGGGUUGGAUAGCGAUAUGGCAGUGACGCUGAAAACGAUACUACGCCAUCGGAAGGGAAAGGGAAGGCCAGCAGUUGCUGAGGGUGAAGCAGUUGCUGGAGGUGAAGCAGUCGUGGAAAAGGGACACCUCCUGGGGGUGCAGCAGUCGUAG